AUGAAAUCAUUCAUUGGUUGUGAAGAAAUUAUUCAAUGCUAUUUUGGUCAACCUACUUUGGAGAAAGGUCAUUUGACCUACAACCUCUUCAUGGAGUUUACACCUUACGGUUCUCUUGGAGAUUUUAUCAGGAAGAGGCCAAUCUUUGAAUACGAAGCAAGAGUCUACACCCGCAUGCUUCUCAAAGGACUUUCUCGCAUUCAUCGCGUUGGAGUUGUUCAUUGCGAUCUCAAACCAGACAACAUCCUUAUCUUUCCUUCAUCUAAGGGUGAUAUUGUGAAAUAUCAAGUGAAGAUUGCGGAUUUUGGAUUGUCCAAGACUAGAGAAGAGGUAGUCAAUGCUGAAUGUUGGGACUUAAAUUUCAGAGGGACGCCGCUUUACAUGUCGCCGGAAUCGGUUAUGGGUCAGAUUGAAUCACCUUUAGAUAUCUGGUCCCUUGGGUGCAUUGUAAUCGAGAUGAUAACGGGGAUACCGGCAUGGAAGAAUAUACAAACUAGUGAGGAGGUGAUGUUAAAGCUUGCAUUCUUUACAGAACAACGAAUGAUACCAAAUGGAGUAAGCUCUGAUUGUAGAGACUUCUUGAGCAAGUGCUUUAUGAUUGAUCCUAACCAGAGAUGGGCAGCUGACAUGCUUCUCAAUCAUCCUUUUUCCUGCCUAUGA